AUGACGGCCUCACACCUGGACUUUGGGGAAGUGGAAACUUUCCUGGACAGACACCCAGAGUUAUUUGAAGAUUACCUGAUGCGGAAGGGGAAGCAGGAGAUGGUGGAGAAGUGGCUGCAGAGACACAGUGAGAGUCAGGGGGCUGUAGGCCCGAGGCCCGCAGUGGCCAGCACCAACAGCUUGGCUCACAGCGGUGGCAGACGCAGCGGCAGUGUUGGUGUUGGCCCUGGACCAAAUAGCUCUGCCAACAGCCAGCCCACUCUGGGCGGCGGGGACUGUGGUGGGGUUCCCCUGAGUCCCAGCUGGGCCAGUGGCAGCGGGGGCGAUGGGAGCCUGCAGCGGAGAGCUUCUCAGAAAGAGCUAAGGAAGAGUUUUGCUCGCUCCAAGGCCAUCCACGUGAACAGGACCUACGAUGAACAGGUGACCUCCCGGGCCCAGGAGCCCCUGAGCAGUGUGCGGCGGAGGGCACUUCUCCGGAAGGCCAGCUCCCUGCCCCCCACCACAGCCCACAUUCUCAGUGCCCUGCUGGAAUCCAGGGUGAAUCUGCCUCAGUACCCCCCUACGGCCAUGGACUACAAGUGCCACCUCAAAAAGCAUAAUGAGCGUCAGUUCUUCCUGGAACUGGUCAAGGAUAUCUCCAAUGACCUUGACCUUACCAGCCUGAGCUACAAGAUCCUCAUCUUUGUCUGCCUCAUGGUGGACGCUGACCGCUGCUCUCUCUUCCUGGUGGAAGGGGCAGCUGCUGGCAAGAAGAGCUUGGUCUCCAAAUUCUUUGAUGUGCAUGCAGGAACCCCACUGCUGCCCUGCAGCAGCACAGAGAACUCAAACGAAGUGCAGGUCCCCUGGGGCAAAGGCAUUAUUGGCUAUGUCGGGGAGCAUGGAGAAACGGUCAACAUUCCUGAUGCCUACCAGGAUCGAAGAUUCAAUGAUGAAAUUGAUAAACUAACUGGAUACAAGACAAAAUCACUCUUGUGCAUGCCUAUCCGAAGCAGCGAUGGUGAGAUUAUUGGUGUGGCCCAGGCGAUAAAUAAGAUUCCUGAAGGUGCUCCAUUUACAGAAGAUGAUGAAAAAGUUAUGCAGAUGUAUCUUCCAUUUUGUGGAAUUGCCAUAUCUAAUGCUCAGCUAUUUGCUGCCUCAAGGAAAGAGUAUGAAAGAAGCAGGGCUUUGCUAGAGGUUGUUAAUGACCUAUUUGAAGAACAGACUGACCUGGAGAAAAUUGUCAAGAAAAUAAUGCAUCGGGCCCAAACUCUGUUGAAAUGUGAACGCUGUUCUGUUUUACUCCUGGAGGACAUUGAAUCACCAGUGGUGAAGUUUACCAAAUCCUUUGAACUGAUGUCCCCAAAGUGCAGCGCUGAUGCUGAGAACAGUUUCAAAGAGAGCAUGGAGAAAUCCUCAUAUUCCGACUGGCUUAUAAAUAACAGUGUUGCUGAGCUAGUGGCUUCCACAGGCCUCCCGGUGAACAUCAGCGAUGCCUACCAGGAUCCUCGCUUUGAUGCCGAGGCUGACCAGAUAUCUGGUUUUCACAUAAGAUCUGUUCUCUGUGUCCCUAUUUGGAAUAGCAACCACCAAAUAAUUGGAGUGGCUCAGGUGUUAAAUAGACUUGAUGGGAAAGCUUUUGAUGACGCAGAUCAACGACUUUUUGAGGCUUUUGUCAUCUUCUGUGGCCUUGGCAUCAACAACACAAUUAUGUAUGAUCAAGUGAAGAAGUCCUGGGCCAAACAGUCUGUGGCUCUUGAUGUGCUGUCAUACCAUGCAACAUGUUCAAAAGCUGAAGUUGACAAGUUUAAGGCAGCCAACAUCCCUCUGGUGUCAGAACUUGCCAUCGAUGACAUACAUUUUGAUGACUUUUCUCUUGAUGUUGACGCCAUGAUCACAGCUGCCCUGCGGAUGUUCAUGGAGCUGGGGAUGGUACAGAAAUUUAAAAUUGACUAUGAGACACUAUGUAGGUGGCUCUUGACAGUGAGGAAAAAUUAUCGAAUGGUUCUGUACCACAACUGGAGACACGCCUUCAAUGUGUGCCAGCUGAUGUUUGCAAUGUUAACAACCGCAGGGUUUCAAGAGAUUCUGACCGAGGUGGAAAUUUUAGCAGUGAUUGUGGGAUGCCUGUGUCAUGACCUCGACCACAGGGGAACCAACAAUGCCUUCCAAGCUAAGAGCGGCUCUGCCCUGGCCCAACUGUAUGGAACUUCUGCUACCCUGGAGCAUCACCAUUUUAACCAUGCUGUGAUGAUCCUUCAAAGUGAGGGUCACAACAUCUUUGCUAAUUUGUCCUCCAAGGAAUAUAGUGACCUUAUGCAGCUUUUGAAGCAGUCAAUAUUAGCAACAGACCUCACGCUGUACUUUGAGAGGAGAACUGAAUUCUUUGAACUUGUCAGUAAAGGAGAAUAUGAUUGGAACAUCAAAAACCAUCGUGAUAUAUUUCGAUCAAUGUUAAUGACAGCCUGUGACCUUGGAGCCGUGACCAAACCAUGGGAGAUCUCGAGACAGGUGGCUGAACUUGUAACCAGUGAGUUCUUUGAACAAGGAGAUCGGGAGAGAUCAGAACUCAAACUCACUCCUUCAGCUAUCUUUGACCGGAACCGGAAAGAUGAACUGCCUCGGUUACAAUUGGAGUGGAUUGAUAGCAUCUGUAUGCCUUUGUAUCAGGCGUUGGUGAAGGUCAACGUGAAACUGAAGCCCAUGCUGGACUCGGUGGCAGCGAACAGAAGUAAGUGGGAAGAGCUGCACCAGAAAAGGCUGCUGGUGCCAGCCGCCUCACCCUCGUCUGCCAGCCUCGUGGCCGCUGGGGAAGACAGGAACUAA